AUGGCCGCUACUGCUGCGCAACUUCCAGGGUGGGUCAGCAAACUACGCUCAUUCCCGAAGGAGAGAUUCCUAUUCGGCCCGUCCCCAGUGCAGCAUCUCCCGCGCCUUUCCGCCCACCUCGGCGGCGCGUCCAUAUGGGCGAAACGCGAGGAUUGCAACUCCGGCCUUGCCUACGGAGGGAACAAGGUCCGCAAGCUCGAGUACGUUGUAGCAGACGCGCUCAAGGAGGGCGCAGACACGCUCGUCUCAAUCGGCGGCGUGCAGAGCAACCAUACGAGGGCGGUGACGGCGUGCGCCGCUGCCUCGGGGCUCAAGGCCGUCACUUUGCAGGAAGCGUGGGUUCCGUAUAACCCACCAUUGUACGAUAAGACUGGGAACAUCCUCCUCUCGCGGCUCAUGGGCGGCGACGUCCGGCUCAACUCGGAGUGCUUCCACAUCGGGCCCAAGGCGUCGCUAGACGCCGCGGUCCGAGAGCUCAAGGAUCGUGGGGCAAAGCCGUACAGCAUCCCGGCGGGGGCGUCCCUGCAUCCCCUGGGCGCGCUCGGGUUCGUGGACUUUAUCGUCGAGCUUGCUGGACAGGAGAAGGACCUCGGCGUAUUCUUCGACACGAUCGUGGUGUGCUCGGUUACGGGGUCUUCGCACUCGGGGAUCGCCGUUGGCGCGCUGUUGGAGGGCCGCGGGCGUAAGGUUAUCGGGAUCGACGCGAGUGGGCGGCCUGUGGAUACGAAGGCGCAGGUAACCAAUAUAGCGAAGGAUACGCUGGCGCUGCUCGAUCCGGACGCACGGCUGCCGGACGACGCUGUCGUGCUGGACGAGCGAUUCCACGCAGGGAUGUACGGAAUUCCGGACGAGCAGACCAAGGCAGCGAUGCGGCUCGGUGCGCAGCUGGAAGCUUUCAUUACCGAUCCGGUCUACGAAGGCAAGAGCCUGGCAGGGUUGAUUCACCUUGUCCGGUCAGGUGAAAUAGCCCCGUCCAGCAAGGUCCUGUAUGUCCAUCUAGGCGGACAGCCUGCUCUGAAUGCCUACAGCGAAGAGUUUUGAUCGGCGUCUGUGCAUAGCAGCUGUAGAUACCUUUGGAUGGUAUCACUUCCGCAUGAUCAUGAUGUCUUGCCACGAUGCUGGCCUCACACUGGACAGUCGAGCAAUCCUGUGGACCCUUGAUCGGUGGUACAGUUACAAUUACAGUUGCAGUGACAGCA